AUGUCUGCCGACAGAGCCUCGUCUCAUUACCUCUCGGGAAAGUCAAUAGUUGUGAUCGGCGCGGGUCUCUCUGGCUCCGCCUUUGUAGCCAGUUUGCGGAAUACAUGGGAGCACAAUCUCCCCUUUCCGGAAAUUGCGGUCUUCGACCGUGACCCCAAAGGCACAUUCGAACGACGCGGAGGCUACAGUCUAUCUCUUGUGGGCAAUGAUGUCUCAGGUGGUCUUGUCGCCUUGAGCAAAAUGGGACUUCUCGGUAAUGUCUUACGCAACGCUAUUGCUGGAGUUGACGGCGAUGGGAGUUUCAAGCUCUGGACAUCAAACUGGAAAGAACUCGCAAGCCAUCGACGCUCACCGAUGGAUGGCAUUCCCACAUCAAGCGUACGAAUUGACCGAAAAGAGAUCCGUCAAAUACUACUUGAAGCCGCUCAACUUGAUCAUGACAGCGCCAUGCAUUGGAACACCCGGUGCGUGUCUGUGUCAAAGCUGCCUACCGGCCGCCUGGCAGUAGGAACAAUUCGAGGCGAUGAGAACGAGGUUAAAGCAAUGGAAUGUGAUCUUGUCAUCGUCGCGGAUGGAGCCAACAGCAAGAUUCGCGACUAUCUACGGCCGACCGACACACUGGUAUACACAGGAGCCGUCCUGCGAACAGCAGUGUCACGAUUUUCCGGGCCUUUGCCAGAUAAGGUUGGCAGGAACUGGGGUUUCGUAUUAUCCAGCACGGGCACCUCAUGCUUCAUGUCUCCUGCCGGGGAAACUGAGCUCCAAUGGGCUGUUGGGCAUUUCGAAGACAAGACAUCAACAGAGAUAUGCGACGUCGAGCAUGCGAAGCGGGUCAUCCAACGGGCUUCGGAGCUUGGCUCCCAUAUCGCGGAACCAUUCAAGACAAUCGUCUCGCAAACCGUCCCCGACACGGUCAUGUGCAUUAACGCACACGACAAACUGCCGUUUCGGCAUUCGGAGAUAGGGACACUGCCAGUUGUCUUUAUUGGAGAUGCCAAUCAUGCACUCAGCCCUUUUGCAGGGUACGGCGCGAAUCUCGGGUUGAGUGAUGGCUGGGAUCUUGCAGAGCAACUUGCUAAAGGUGGUUCGCUCGCAGAAGCUAUCGCAGCUUAUGAUGAUAUUAGCUUUCCACGCGCGACCAAGGUUGUAACAGGCGCGCGACGGAGAUUACGUGCGGGUCACAGCACCGGUUUGAGAUAUCUUUUUUUCCUGGUCAUGUUGGUUAUUUCUAGAGUACUGCGCCGGAUCUUGGGUAAAUAG